AUGAGCGGGGUUUGGGGGGCCGGAGGGCCUCGGUGCCAGGCGGCGCUCGCGGUCCUGGCCUCUCUGUGCCGGGCCCGGCCGCCCCCUCUCGGGCUGGACGUGGAGACUUGUCGGAGCUUCGAGCUGCAGCCCCCGGAGCAGAGUCCGAGCGCGGCUGACUCAGGCACCUCUGUCAGCCUCCUCGCCGUGGUAGUUAUUGUGUGUGGCGUGGCCCUGGUGGCAGUUUUUCUCUUUCUCUUUUGGAAGCUGUGCUGGAUGCCCAGGAGGAACAAGGAGGCCUCCAGCCCUUCUUCUGCUAACCCUGCUUCAGAGACCCUCCCAAGUCCCAGCUCCAGAGGCAACAUGGCAGAUAAGCUGAAGGACCCCAGUGCCCUGGGCUUCCUGGAGGCAGCUGUGAAGAUCAGCCACACUUCUCCAGAUAUCCCAGCCGAGGUGCAGAUGUCGGUCAAAGAGCACAUCAUGCGUCACACAAGGCUGCAGCGACAGACCACAGAACCUGCGUCAUCCACCAGGCACACGUCCUUCAAGCGCCACUUGCCACGGCAGAUGCAUGUCUCCAGCGUAGACUAUGGCAAUGAGCUGCCACCAGCGGCGGAGCAGCCCACCAGCAUUGGCCGCAUCAAGCCUGAGCUCUAUAAGCAGAAGUCAGUGGAUGGGGAUGAUGCCAAGACUGAGGCCGCCAAGAGCUGUGGGAAGAUCAACUUCAGCCUCCGCUAUGACUACGAGAGCGAGACCCUGAUUGUGCGCAUCCUGAAAGCCUUUGACCUGCCUGCCAAGGACUUUUGUGGAAGUUCUGACCCUUAUGUCAAGAUCUACCUCUUGCCUGACCGCAAGUGCAAGCUGCAGACCAGGGUCCACCGCAAGACCCUGAACCCCACCUUUGAUGAGAACUUCCACUUCCCUGUGCCCUAUGAGGAGCUGGCUGACCGCAAGCUGCAUCUCAGUGUCUUUGACUUUGACCGCUUCUCCCGCCAUGACAUGAUCGGGGAGGUCAUCCUGGACAAUCUCUUUGAGGCCUCUGACCUGUCCCGGGAGACCUCCAUUUGGAAGGACAUCCAGUACGCCACCAGUGAAAGUGUGGACCUGGGAGAGAUCAUGUUCUCCCUCUGCUACCUGCCAACAGCAGGCAGGCUCACCCUCACAGUGAUCAAGUGUCGAAAUCUCAAGGCAAUGGACAUCACAGGCUACUCAGAUCCCUAUGUCAAAGUAUCCCUGCUGUGUGACGGGCGGAGACUGAAAAAGAAGAAAACAACUAUCAAGAAGAACACCCUCAACCCUGUCUACAAUGAGGCCAUCAUCUUUGACAUCCCCCCAGAAAACAUGGAUCAAGUGAGCCUGCUCAUCUCCGUUAUGGACUAUGAUAGAGUUGGCCACAAUGAGAUCAUAGGAGUCUGUAGAGUGGGGAUCAAUGCUGAAGGCCUUGGCAGAGACCACUGGAAUGAGAUGCUGGCAUACCCACGGAAGCCCAUUGCACACUGGCACUCCUUGGUGGAGGUAAAGAAAUCCUUCAAAGAGUGGCAGGGCCGAGCUGCCAGCUUCGACAGUGAGAGCUCAUGCCCAUCUCCAAAACCACCUCCGACACCAUGA